AUGAAUAUUCUGCAGUCGGGCAAGAUUGAUUUCCAUGGACAGCGACUGGUUGACCGAUAUUCUACUGGAUUGCUGGUGCUGACUGGACUUGUUGGGUUCUUUACAGGAUUCACCACACAGUCCAUAAUGAGUGUGUUGGUUGUAGAUGCUAUCGGACUGGCCGUGACUUGUUUAGUGUGUCUACCUGCAUGGCCCAUCUACAAUCAAAACCAACCAAAAUGGGUUCCUAAAGAAGUCGAACCCUCCACAUCGGACAAUGAAACCGACGAUGAGGAUGAGAGUAAUGUGCCAAAAACACCCAAAAAGACUUCGAUAUUUGGGUUCAUUAGUCGUAUCUUGUUUUGAAAAAUGAACAAGUGCAUUCUGUGAAUGA